AUGGAAUUAUUUUUAUUUAAACAUCAAGAAUACGAACGUCUUUACAAUUGUACUGAUUUAGUAAUUGAUUCAAUUCCAAUAGAAGACCGUCGUUUAACAAUAGAAGCUAUAAUUAAUUUAAUAUUGGGAAUAAUAUAUUUUCUGGUUUAUUUGCCUUGUUUGUAUUCUAUAUGGAAACAACAUUGGAAAAAUGAUUGUUAUACUAUUCUUUUAUAUAUUGGUAUUGUUGAUCUAGUUGGAAUAAUAAUAUCAGGAUUUUUACAUCCAAUACUUUCUCUACAAGGGGCUGUUUUUUGUUCAUAUCCCACACUUAUUUAUAUUGUUGGAACUUUUGUAAAUUGUUUUUGGGUUGCUGAGACUAGUGCUGAUUUGGUUCUUGCAUUCAACAGAUGCAUACAAAUAAUUUCUCCAUCAAUUGCCAAAUUUCUUUUUAAAGGAAUGCGUACCUAUAUUUGGCUAUUAUUUUGUACUUUAUAUGCCCUAUAUUGCAUGUUUUUUAUUAAUCCAGUUCUUUUUUCUGGGAUUUAUUUUGCGUGGUUUUUCUAUCCUUUUGUUGGUUAUAGAGAAGAUUAUGGAGAGUUUGUCUUUGACCAACUUCCUUCUUAUCACGAUGUUUCUGUAGCCAUUCUUUCUCCUUUAAUUUAUUUAAUUUUUGCUAUAGCUUUAGUAAUUAAAAGCAAGAAAAGCAUAAUUACUCCAAAUCAAGCUCCCACUCAAUAUUUUUCAAUAAGCCGUCUCGAAAAAAUGGUAUUUUUACAAGUUUUUUCGCUCUCUUUAUUAAACACAACAGAAUGCUUAUUUUAUAUAAUAAUGCAAUAUACAACACAACAAAAAUGGAUGACUAUUUUAGCUGAGUUUUUAUGGUUUCAUAUUCAUGGAUUUCCUCCAAUUAUUUACUUAACUUUAAACAAAACAAUUAGAGAAGAUUGUAUAAUUCUUUUUAAAAAAUUAAAAAAUAUCAACAAAGAUCCGCCUAUAAAUGUGGUGAAUGUAAUGGUCACACCUUUUAAUGCUAAUUCUUAG